AUGAAUCAACAAGAAGAAAUUUCCUUGAUCAAAAAACAAAAUGAACUCAUCUUGGAAAGAUUAAAUUCUUUAGAUGAUGGUACUUUUGCUGCGUUGUCCACAAAUAUUCGCAGACCUUCUACGUCGUCCACAACCUUCCCCGUUGACGUGUCAUCUUUAUCAACUCAUGAAAAUAUUCGCAAACUUCUACGUCAUCUACAACCUUUCCCGUUGACGUGUCAUCUUUAUCAGCUUGUGGAAAUUCUCACAAACCCUCUACGUCGUUCACAACCUCUCCUGUUGAUGUGUCAUCUUUAUCAGCUUGUGGAAAUAUUCGCAGACCCUCUACGUCGUCCACAACCUUCCCCGUUGACGUAA